GCAACUGUUGAUCAUUGAGAUUAUUUUUUGUAGUCCUUAUCAUUGCAGAGUUCUAAUCAUUGAGUUUAUCCUCAGAAUCUCAUAUGGAAGGCUCUAGCAAUUCUAACCCUCAUCUCAAUGCUUUGACUCCUAGCUGUGAUGGUGAUAAUAGUUCUGUGAAUGAGGGUUGUGAAUCACCUUUCUCAUCCUGGGAUUCUGAACCUGAAGCUGAUAUCCAAUCUGUAAUCGAUUCCGAUGACAUGCCUGAGGAACCCCUCGAAGGCAAUAAAUUGGAAGAGAACAAUCUUGAUGAUGGUUUAUUGUGGGAGAUGGACAAUAGAAGUUAUGAAGAGUUGCUCAAAAAGUACUUAGAAAAGGAGGAAGAGCUCAGAGUUUCCAAUUUUAAGCUUACACUUUCGGAACAAGAGAUAAUCAAGUUGAAUGUUCAAGUUGAGAAUGGCGAGGCUCAACUUAAUAAUGUGCGUGAAGAAUUGAAGCUGAAAGAGGAGGAACUGAAUAAACAAAAAGAGCUUUUGGAAGAAGAGAUUAACAAGUUGAAGAUUCAAAUUGAGAAAAGCGAGAAUUGGCACGCUAAUGUGAAGGAAGAAUUUAGGCGGAAAGUGGAGAAGUUGGAAAAACAAAUUGAUAAAGUGCAGGAAGAAUUGAAACUGAACAUGGAGAAGAUGAAAAAUCUAAUUGCUGAGAAUUGGUCAGGAUUACAGAAUUGGUGGAACAAAUUGAAAAUUGAGAAUCGGAUUGAUAAUGUGCAGAAAGAUUUGAAUCAAAAAGUGGACAAGUUGAAAACCAAAUUUCUGAAAAUUGGACAGGAUUACAAAUUUGGUAAAACAACUUCAGGUAGCUCAUGAAAAGCUCAAGAUACCAAAAUAUAAAAAUGCAAUUUUAAGAAGGGAACUUGGGAGUAUGUUUGAUUUAGA